UACCAACGGAUAUAAAGUACCGGGGAAACUGCCUGUGCUUCAUCAUCCAUGAUCGUUUAUUGAUAAAGAUGGCUUUAGCAAAUCUACGAAGAACAAACGUUCGCUUGCCUCCCGAAGUUAAUAGAAUUCUUUAUGUGAGAAAUCUACCAUAUAAAAUAACUGCAGAAGAAAUGUACGAUAUUUUUGGAAAAUAUGGAGCAAUACGUCAAAUAAGAGUGGGGAAUUCUAAUAAUACUCGUGGUACAGCAUAUGUUGCAUAUGAAGAUAUCUUUGAUGCAAAGAAUGCCUGCGAUCAUCUUUCUGGCUUCAAUGUUUGCAAUCGUUACUUAGUUGUUCUUUACUAUCAGCCUACUAAGAUGCACAAACAACUGGACAAAGAAAAGAAAAAACAAGAGUUGCAGCAGAUGAGAGAAAAAUAUGGACUAAACAAAGAUAAUUAAACUGAAACAAUUAAUUUGUAUAUAACUUAACAAAAAAACCCUAAAAAAAUAUGUAUCUAACUAGGAACAAUAUUUUUUUAGUAUGUUUUAAUGGUACUUUUUAGCUAUCUUUAUUGGAGAUGACUGAACUUUAUUCAACCUACCUACGUACAGGGAAAGUACAUACUUUAAAUGGUAUUACUUCAUUAAAUAAAAUCAUGACACAAAGCAAAA